ACCGUUCCCACGGCAAGGAAAAACAGUCUAGAGAUCCUCCACUUCAGAAAAAAAAAUUCACAACGGCAAACUGUUCUUAUUAGCGAAUUCUUCCACAGCGACCUCCCCCUCCCCACAAGCUCUGCAGGGACAAGAAGAUUGCGCGUGGGCUACCCUGGACCAGAGAAAAGAUGUGACUUGCCAUCCUGCAGCCCCACGUGUCCCGAGCGUCUUUUUUUUUUUUUUUUUUGUCUCCAACACGCACUUUUUCCGUUUGGGUCUCGGCCAGACCGCCCGCGACCGCCCACGGUUGGGGGAAGAGAGGCAGGGGGGCCAUGCCUAGGGGCAAAGAGUGACGUGGAUGUCGCAAGCCGGUCGUUAAAAGGGGGGCUUUUCUGCUCCGGCUGUACAGUCGGAGCGCAGCUGUUGCGGGGCCCGAAGUGGGUGUUUUUUUCUAGGCAGGCUCUUUGCAAAGCGGGGGGAAAAUGCAACCUUUACAGCAAAGCUGCCAGCCCGUCAGGCCGUUUAAGCAGAGGAAAAGUUUUGCUACCAGAGUGGAAGAAGUAGCAGGCAUUCGUGGGAAGUUCCCGACAAAAGUUCCAGUAAUUGUUGAAAGAUAUCAGAAAGAAAAAUACCUCCCCCUGUUGGACAAAACAAAGUUUCUUGUACCACAAGAGUUAACUAUGACACAAUUUAUAACCAUCAUUAGAAGCAGAAUGGCACUGAGUGCUACCCAAGCUUUCUACCUGCUGAUAAACAACAAGAGUUUAGCCAGUAUGUCUUUAACUUUGGCCGAAGUAUACCGAGACUACAAAGAUGAAGAUGGAUUUGUAUACAUGACAUAUGCUUCUCAGGAGAUGUUUGGAGGUCUCCUAACUUCUUCCAAAGUAAAAUGUAAGGAAUAUCUCUUAAAAAGAUAAAUCUUCGCGUGGUGACAGCGUGGCUGAACAGUGAGCUGUGCAUCAUUCAAAUUACUUGAAGAUGAAAGAUGCUCUGUCUAAUGUGGGCUUUUCUACAAAAUUAAUGGCCCAGGAGUUGGCAAGACCCAACUAAAGAACUGAGGAGUGGGAUAAACCAUCCCAAACAAAUGACAUGGACACACAGUUCCAUAAUUUGGCUCCUUGCCAGCUAAAGAACUUAGUGAUAUGCUUCAGUGUUACCCUUAAAUCAUGUAUCUGCUUAAAAAAUUGUUACCGUAAUUGGAGAUGAGUGAAAAUGAUGAAAUUUUAUAACUAAGUUAAAUGACCUGGACACAAAUUGUCUGCUUAACAGAGAAUAACGUGCACUAGAGAGUAGCAUGCUGUCAUAGUUAGCUGAACAUUGCAAGGCUGAGCCAACCCUGGCUUUUAUAUUGUCUGCUUUUAUCAAAGCCAUCUGCUUUCUUCCUCCAAGAGGAAUAUUGCUGAUGAGUAUCAGGGCACUUUAAAUUUUACAGGACAAUGUCUUUCCACAGACUAGAAGUCGCUCCCUUUACUGAAUAGUGGCAACUACACAGAAGUGGCUUGUAGAAUUGAGACUAAUAGGGUGGAAUAUAAUGGACUCUAAUGCUGGGAAAGGUGGAAGGAAAGAGGACAACCAGCAACAAGGUAGAUAGAUUCAGUUACCGUAACAAUGAGUGUACCAGGUUAGGAACAGAGUAUCAUAAAGAAAAUCUGUAUGGUCACCAAGAGUUGACAACUUGAUGGCAUGUAAAUUAUCAGUCCUUCAGAGAACAUUAUUGCACACACACAUUCCUCAGAUAUCAAUUGCUAAAAAUUAGUGAGUUGUGUUGGGGAUGGUGAUGACUGUGUCAAGUAAUGCAAGAACAUAGCUGCUUAAGUAGGAACGCAAAUUCCUAUAUGGCAUCUCGCAAUUGUUUAACUUGUAUCUGACUAACACAGCGUUGGUGCUGAGGCAGCAACUCCAGAAGCUAGAACAGUAGCCUUAUCACAAGGCUAUGUUCUUGCCUUUUGAACUCUGUUCUGAGCUUUAACUUUGAUUGAAGAUAAGAUUAUAGUAUAAAGAUGAGCUGUGUGGAUGAAUAUGCAUGUGUAAUUGUGUGUGUAUGUGUGUGCUAUAGAGUCAUAUGUUGUAUUUCAUAAAGUGCACCAGGAUUACAAGCUACUUAGUCUAAAACCAGCUAAUAAAAUCAUGUCUUUGAGACUCUUCUAUCAAUGCCAUACUUAAGAUAAUUCUAUCUCAGUAGAACUGACUUAAGGUUGCCCUCGGGUUAAAAUCCUGCUGGUAGCCUCUCACUUUCCAAAUGACUUGGAAAUCUUGGAGAGUUUUGGAAGGAACAGCCUGCAGAGUUGCUGGCAUUCAAACCAGAGAAUGCUGUGAAUUUUACCUCCAACAUAGACAGGAAGACUGAUAUAUAUUUCAUGGCUAAAAUAGUGAUUUUGAGAAGUCAUUUGUUGUUAAGAAAAAUGUUGUUCUGGUAAGACACAAAGCUUUAUUUAAUGGACAAGUUCCAGCUCACAUGCAAAGACCCUAACCCAGGGAUCCCCAAUUCCCGGUCCCUGGACUGAAACCAGUCCAUGGCAUGCCAGUAAUUGGGCUGUUCAAACAAGCGAAGCCUCAUCCGUGGGAUGCAGCAGCACUCAAAACCACACCCCCUCCAGUCCAUGGAAGAACUUUUCUCCACAGAACCGGUCCAUGGUGCCCAAAAGAUUGGGGGCCGCUUCCCUAACCUAAUUUAAGAACAUCUUACCCAGUUAUACUUGAUGCUUUUUUGUGAAGUGAAAUGGAUCUAUAUCUGUUGAAAAAAAUUAAAAUGAAAACUCACAUCAGUUAUUUUAAACUAUCUGUCCUUCAAAAUUGUGUUUCUCUGGAUAUCCUUUAUAUAUGCAUAGUCCAACAACUUCUUGUGCAUUUCUAAAAAUGACAUGCAUUUUUGCUUUAACAAGAUGACACAGUUUCAUUAAAGUAGAUGUUUUUGUCUAUAUUUAUGGCUGCGCCUGCAGGAGGGGUGCACAUUUUUAUGUGUAUUUUGUUAAAUGCCUUUUUGUUACUUUGUGACACAAACUGCUUUUUGUUCAACUAAGAGAGCGUUUAGCCGUUAUGGCAUUUAAGACAGUAUCUGUUUGGUAAGACCAACAUUUAUCAUUAGAAUUGCUGCAAGAAUGUGUGUAAAAUAUGAUGCCUCAGAGUAGCUAAAACAUAAUUGCCCCUGAAAGGAUUUCUCACUUGCAAGUAUGUUUUUCUUUCUUCUUUUUCUCGAAGAGAGUCAAAUAGUAGGUUCAAGCUAUUAAGUGUACUAUUUUUGGAAUGAUUUGCUAUUCUUUCUUGAGAGUAAAAGACUGAAAUAUUGUGGUUUCAUUAUGAAAAGAAUGAACUGAAGAAAAAUUAAACAUGAUAUAACUAAAGAACUCUGGUCUGAAAUGUCUUGAGAUGCUAGAUUCCCCAAAAUGAAAUGUACUGUAUUAAAUGUAUUACAAGUUAAUAGGUUCUAAUGAUACUUUAAUAAUUCGUUAAAUAUAUAUGCUGCUCCACUCGAGUUACUUUGGAUGGUUUACAAAUAGUUAACAUUUAAAAUAAGGAUUUUCUCUCCCUCCCCCAAAUAAAGAUGGCAGAGAUGACUAAGCGAGAUGGGAACAAUGGAAAAAAAGUAUAGGUAGCAGAGAGGGUUCUUCAGUUAUGGUUACCAAAGACCUGGUCAGUGAACCAGGUCUUCAGGGCCCUUUGAAACCCCAACAAAACAGAGGCUGAAUGAAUCUUGAGGGGAAAUGACAUUCUAUACAAAUUACAUAUGUCAAGCUAGCUGGGGUAUUAAGGAAUUGGACAAUACAAAUGGAAUGUGAAUGCAUGCAUGUCUUCUUAAUAGAAUAACAGAAUAAUAGACUUGGAAGGGACCUUAGAGAUCUUCUAGUCCAACCCCCUGUUCAAACAGAAAACCCUAUACCAUUAGCAAUGUAUCUUUAUAUAAUUUAUAUCCUUAUAAGAAGGUAGGAUUAUAUGCAGUUGAAAGAGCACUGUAGGCUUCCAUAUAACUAAUUUCUCAUAAACCAUUGAAAGCAGAGUUCUUUAGGAGAACCUUUGAAAUAUGUAAUGCUGCCAUAAAUUUGUUCAUUUGUUUAUUAUGAUUUGCUUUUGAUUUCAAUACUUUUAUAUAUUUAUAUUUUUAUUAUUAGUGUUCCAUAAUAAAUUACUAUUAUAAUGUA